UGAACAUAACGGAAUAGUGCUGUAUGUUCUGCUAAACAACAAGUUCUGCACAAGUGAUUUACAUAUAAAGUUAAAAGUUAAUAAAGGGAGAGUAAACAAAAUAUUGAAAAUGCCACGUAAAUUGAUGUCCACCAAAUCCAACUAUGGAUACAAGAAUGCUGUACAGGAGGCAGUUUCCGAAGGACUAAUUUCCGGAAGCACACUUUCGACGUUGGAUUACCAAAUAUUGUUGGACAAACUAAAUGCCAAUCAGAAGCGAGUGGUUCCAUUUGCCAACAAUAGCAAGAAUCGUUAUGCCUUGCUAAAGUGCUUCCAACGUUUUCAGGCAAAAUCCAAUGAUGUCCCUAAUGGAGUCUGUGAGUCUACUGACAUUUCCAUUGAGCCGGCAGACGAAACAUUAAUAGAAGCCAAUUUGAAAUGUUUUCGAAAAAAAUGCCACAGUGGAAAUGCAAGUUUGAAUCGAUCGGUCCUCCUAGUAGACAAUUUGAAUAGCCCACGUGCAAUCUUUACAAAAUGCAAGUAUGAGGACUGUAAAUUUAAGGUAAUCGAUUUUAAAAAUAUGUAUUCUUUAUUAACUAACCAGUUCUCUGCCUCACAAAAAGCUAAGAAUUAA